UCUCUCUCUGCCACUCAAAGAAAGCCUAAUCCUAUCCAAGCCAAUGGAGGAGACGACAUGGGAACAGAGAUUACAAGCGGUGACACAUAUCCUCACAAACCCAACAACGAAACCAUCACUUCACUCUCAAUUCCUCAUCGGAGCCCUAAUUCCAAACUACAUCUCGUGGGAUUACCCUCCGAUCUAUUCGCAGACGCAUCUCCGUCAAUGGUGGGUUUCUCAAUUCUUCAAAAGGGUAUCAAGAUUCGGGCUUCCUGAUACAUCGUGGAGGUCGAAUUGUCCGUAUUAUCAGCCGCCGGCGGCGGUUAUGGCUGCCGGAGUUGAGGAAGGGAAAUGGGGAAGAGAAGAGAGGAGAGAGUAUGCGAGGAAGAGACUGAGGAGGAAGAAAUUGGUGAAUGAAGUGAAUCCAUAUAUUCCUCUUUUACUUCCGAAUUUGCUUUUGUUUACUCUCUUGUUAUGGGAUCCUAUUCCUGAGUAAAAUUUAUGGUGAAUCUGUAAUAUCAGUUAUUGAAUUUUUGUUGUAAGCAAGAUCUGUGUUUUUUUGAUUGAAGAAGGAGAAGAGACAUAAACUCAAUUAAAUAAC